AUGUCAUCCGACAAAGACUCCGCGAGCGAAAGCACCGCCUAUAUCAACGCCUCCGUGUACACCGUGAAUGUCUCGAGUCCGUGGGCAUCUGGUUUCAUUGUAUCCAACGAUGGCUUCUUUACGCACGUCGGAUCCACAGAGGAGAUUUUAUCCGAAGCGAAGCGGUCUCACCUAGUCGUGGUUGAUCUGAGAGGUCGAUUCACGAUGCCGGGCAUUCACGAUGCGCACAUGCACCUCUUGUUCUCUGGACUGGGCUUGACGUCACACGCUACCAUUGACAUGGACACUACCCACCUAAAUAUCGCCGAGAAAAUCAAACAUGGAAACUGCGCAUGCGAGUACAUGAAUGCGUAUCAAGACUGGGUCUUAGCCAGCGCUUACAAUAACCAAGGGUUUCCUGAUGGAGUCGCAGAUCGCAAAUAUCUCGACAGGCUCUUCCCAGACCAGCCUGUUGUGGUGUCUGGAGGUGCAGCACAUGCCAUGCUGUUAAACACAGCCGCCUUGGUUCAGGCAGGUUACGAUAUCGAAAACGAACCAGACACACACGGCGCCAAGUUCUUCCGAAGAGCAGAUGGUAGUCUCACAGGCGAGCUCGCGGAGAGCGCGAUGGCAAAAGCUGCCAUCUCCAUUCCUGCUCCUAGCCGCGCACACGUAAAGCGUGCAUUGAAACAUGCCAUUCGACUUGCCCACAAAGCUGGUGUCACAAGCACACAAGAAGCAAGCUCAAACACGAUCUUGCUGCAAGCAUUGAGCGAAAUGGAAAGAGAAGGGUCGCUGGCUUUGGAAAUAUCUACGCACAUUGUACAUGAGAACGAGUGGCUUGCUUCUGAGAGCAAAAAAGGUUUGCAGCAACUCCUCGAAGUUGCCAAUCAAUACGCGAGCAAACACAUCGAUACGCGCUUCGUCAAAAUUAUGAUGGAUGGCGUGCCUCUCCCACCACUAUUCACACAAGCAGGAAUGACCGAACAGGGGGACAUCGAUCACAGCAUGAUUGUACCCCAGGAUGCUGUAGAAGCCGUGCUCAAGUACGACAAGAAAGGGCUGACGGUGAAGAUUCACUGCACUGGAACCGGCGCAACAAGGCACGCGCUCGAUGCGAUCGAAGCAGCAAGAAGGAUCAAUUUCAAUGGUCCUAGGCACGAAAUUGCACACAAUUCAGGCGUGCAUGAUGAUGAUUUCAAGCGCUACGCCCCUCUUAACGUCACUGCCGAAAUGUCACCUGCCGAACUAUUUGUACAUCCGGUCACGGCCGCGAGUGAGGGCCUGAUGAACUGGAACUUCACUAGGAUGAUGGAUGCUGGUGCUCAUAUCACCAUCGGCUCAGACUGGGGUGCUGUGCCUGAUCCCUCUCUAUUCCAACACAUGGCAAACAUUGUCACAACAGUAGGACGAGGUGACAAAGCGGUUGGUGGAGAGGCUCUGUGCCUCAUGAUGACACUCAACGGCGCUAUCGCUGUGGGUAGAGAAAGGGAGCUGGGCAGCAUAGAAGUCGGAAAGAAAGCAAACUUCAUUGUUAUGAAUCAAGACCUCAGCAAGGGGAAUUUCGAUGGCGCGAAGGUAUUGCGGACUUACUUCGAAGGGGAGAAAGUAUGGGAUGCCAAUGCGUGA